UUCCACGAGCAGUCUUUUGCGCGUGGGGAGUGUGCGUAAUCGACGUCACCGCAUCGCGACGAAAGUGCUACGUACAGCAGUGGUCAAGUGCUCUGGCCAGGUUUGGCGAUCCCCUGUUUAGUGCCAUUGCUCUGUUGUAGCGAACACCAAAAAUCGUGUGGCGCCACUGCUGCACCCAGCCUAGUAGCCGCUCUGCCGGCAAUAGCGGCCUGCCCUGAAUGUCCACCACACCGCAUAGGUGACACAAGACACCACACUCCGUGAAACUGUUUUCCAGCGCUAUUUCUCCAUAGCAUUAAGCGUCUCUAUUUCUCCACGACAUAGAGCGUGACAGCGCCGAAAACGGCAGCGUUGAAGCUGUCUCGUCGAGAAGGCUUCCGAAAACGUGUCGUUUUCCUCCGGCAUCCUCUUCGCCGUCGAGUAAUCAUGCUUUGGAAAUCGCUCCAGGGGGCGUGGUAUCUUGCGUCACCUACGGGAAGCCUUGAUGUCUACAUGUCAGGGAACUUUUUUUAGGCUGAGGAAAAGCCCGGUAGGGCGAGUUUGAUAGCACCCAUAUUGUUUCCAAGUUGGUUGGGUUUGUUGCAGCGCCACCGCCGUGCUGGCUGUUGUUCUAUGAAUUCGUUUGGGGGUGAGGGAGGUACGCGAUUUCGUGAUGCCGUUUUUUUAUGUUCUUUUAUGUGCACGAUUUGCUGUAACCGCUCGCGGUGUGCUGUUCCGUGGAACUCCGUACGAACCAGAUAGAUGUACCGCUUUCUAGGUGAACAAGGCAGGCAAAUACCAUUAAAUUUGUUUGUAGCAUCGUCUUGUCCAUUUUCCGAAUGCAUGCUCCUUUUGUCCAUCCUGUUGGAAUCAGAUCCAUGCAUUUGUCUGUUUGCAUCAUCUUCUCCUUUUUUCCGGAUGCAUGCCCCUUUCUUGUAUCGUGGUGGAAUCAGAUCCUA